UCUGAUUAAUUAGUUUUAUCAUACAUUUAUCGCCCUGACUACAAAUUGUAUUAUCUGGAAUAAGAGUGCAUAAUCGCUGUAUAUUUAUAUUACUACGAUAUGAUAACACAAUAUUAAGAGAUUAAGAUAUAAAUGCGACUUUUCAACUUAUCGCAUGUUCUAGAAGUUGGCUUUAAAACAUUUUCUACCAUGCAAUCUCAACGCAAGGCUCUACUGCUUUCUUCUUCUAACUGCCACGGAUAUUCUUUAUUGGAAUUUGCUAAAGAAGAAAUCUGCAAGUUUUUGAGUUCUUAUGAUGUCAAAGAGUUAAUAUUUUUACCAUAUGCACAAAAUGAUUUUGAUAGCUAUACCAAAAAAAUAAGUGAUGUUAUUAAUCCUUGGGGGUUUCCUGUUAGAGGAUUACACACAUUUAGCGACCCCAUUGGUGCCAUUAACUCUGCCAAAGCUAUUUUUAUUGGCGGUGGUAAUACAUUUCUCCUGUUAAGCCGAUUAUAUGAAAAAAAAUUAGUGGAACUAAUUAAAGAUAGAGUGGCCAGUGGUAAUUUACUUUAUAUUGGAAGCAGUGCUGGUACAAAUGUUGCAACAAAAAGUAUACAUACUACUAAUGAUAUGCCAAUUAUUUAUCCUCCAAGCUUUGAUGCCAUUGGCAUUGUGCCCUUUAAUAUAAAUCCUCAUUAUAUUGAUUAUGUUGAAAAUUCAACCCAUAAGGGUGAAACUAGAGAUCAAAGACUUACUGAGUACAUGGAGAUGGCUCAUGCUAAUCCAGUGUUGGGUUUAAGGGAAGGCUCAGUUUUGCAUGUCAAUGGUAAUUCACUUAUUUUAAAAGGAAUAGCAGGUGCUGUUGUUUUUAAAAGGAAUAAAGACAAAACAGAAUAUAAAGUUGGUGCAGAUGUGUCAUUUUUAUUGGAAGAUAAUUGAAAAAUAGCAGCUAAGAGAUGACUUAAGUACUUAUAUAAGACAUGUAUAUUUUAUGGUUACAUACUGACUGUUAAAAUAUGAAUAAAUUCUAUUUUUAUUC